AUGCGACCAUGGUACUUGGGACCGUUGCUGGUGAUUUCUAGGAAUCGGGGAGGAGCGUAUAUUUUGGCCGAACUCGACGGAUUGGUCUUUGAUAGGCCAGUGGCAGCAUUCCGCGUUAUUCCUUAUUUUGCCCACAGGUCUCUGAAGCUCGCCGACCUUGAAGCCCUCCUCAACAUCUCACAAGAACGCCUUCAGGCCAUGGAAGAUUCCCGAUCAAGAGACGACGACGCCGAAGACGACAAUACCGAUGAAGAUACCGACACCAGCUCAGUCCGAUCGGCGGAGGACAAUGACAUGGCUUCGGCGACCUCCGACUAG